AUGUCAAGCACUGAAUCAGACACAAACCUGAUCAACACUGUCGAAACCAGCUUGAAGGAGAAAACUAUGAGGAAGAAAACGGCAGCAAAGCAAAAAGCAUUUAAGAAAGACAUCAAAGAAACCGGUCAACACAACGAAGAUGGUAAUAACGUCGACAAAGAAACCACUAACGAGGGAAACAACGACAAAGGCGACAACUCUUUAGAUACAACAAACAACAAUCUGAAGAAUACCAGCAUAGCCGCACCAAGAAUGGAAAACAAAAGUGCGACCAACUACGUAAUCCUCAAGAUUGUGGUAAAAGGAAACAAUAAACCUUGGGUCAGACUCAGAAGACCAAGAGAAAUCAACAUCUAG